GUCUUCUCUUAACAACAGGUGGCAUUUCACAACACUUCAGUAGUGACUGCAACAGUGACUGCAACGCUGGCUUCACUUUUUGCCAAAGCAAUGCGAUUUAAAAUGAAACUACUUCUUACCGUAUUCUUCAUCUGGCAUGUUAGUGCAAAACCUUUUGCGGAGGCGAACACAUGUCGUGUCCGCGAAAAGUUUGAUUGUGGCGAAGAACCGUGCAUUUGCUCAAAAGACUCAAUUUCUUCUUGGAUGAAUUUCCUGAACCGUGUCCUGCCUGCAUUUGCGAAAAAAUGCGCAUGCAAAAAGACCUGUGAAAGAAUCUCGGAGGUUCCUUGCAAGAAAGGCGUUUGCGACAAAAUAUCGCAGAAAUGUCAAUGUUUCCCAUGCUGGUCUGGUGUUUCGUGCAACAUAUACAAAAACCCAAAUAACCCGAUGUUUGCGACAAAUUUCAUGAAAAUUAAUCUGGUUAACGAUAUGCAUGAGACGAAGAUUGUUGGAAAGGUCAGAGCAAAUGAUGCAGAUAAAGCGACGUGCCACCCAAAGUUAAAAUGCCCAUGUGCUGACAUUAAAUACAGUUUACUUGAUGGUGGAGACAACACGUUCGAAGUCAACUCAGAAAGUGGAAACAUCAUCCUGUACUCUUCUCCUUACAAGGACGACUAUCUGUUGGUUAUUGGAGCGUCAAACCUGGAUGAAGUCGCGAACUCCUCCGUUUUGUACGUCCACGUGAAUACCAGGAGGUAUGACGUCAAUAGAAAAGUUAUUCCACACAUGAGAAGCAGAAGGGCGGUUUCAAGUGGGACUCUUAUUCUUACCUUGCAACCAAAAAUAUCGACCCAGUUCUACUACAACAUCGGUGAACAAAUCAAGUACACAAUAACGCUUUCCCACAAUGUCUCGUUGUCAGCCAUAACAGCUUCCAACGUGAUUAUUCGUAUUACAUCAGACUACCUUCAGCUAACAACUGAUGGACUCUCGAGCAACAAAGAUGGCCUAACAAUAGCUGAAAGUAUGAGCGCUUCAAACACCCUGACCGUGACAAUGACCUCUGACUUUGUAGCUGGAAAAAAAUACGAAGCAAAUAUCACAACAACAGUUAAGCAGACCAUUGGGCCACUGAGUAACUUGAAACUGUCAGCUGAACUCAAUGCAACAGGAGACAUCCAUUUGAAAGCUACCUCAUCACCUGUGCUUUUUGCUGUAUACCCAAAGGUGAACCUGACUAGAACUGAAUCCGGGGCCGUCGCGAAUUACCACUCAACAAACUUUACUAUGAAAAUUGACCUUCCAAAGCUGAACUAUUCUUUGUUGGCUGAGCUGACAACAAAUAUAGAAGAUUUCAUCUUUAUGGAAAUUCAAAAUGUUCGUGUCGCAAACAAGGGUAGCAAUGUGUUCUAUAAUGGGACAGCAGUGCCUACGUACCACUCCACAAACAGUGAUGGGAAAAAUGACCGCGCUGUGAUUGAUUUUGGCUAUAUACGGAACAAUGCUGACACUGGCAACUCAAUGGAGAUUCUAUUCUCAGUCAAGGUUCUGGACCACGUGCUACUUGCAAACAACACAAAGCACUGGAUUGGAGUUGGCUUGCAAGCUGGUAUGCGCGUAUUGUGGGUGGAACAACUGGCUUUCACUAUUUUUAAAGAAGAGCCAAGCCUUGAGGUUGAGAUUGUUCCAGCAAACUUCACAAAUACAACAAGAUUGUACCUUGGAGAUAAUCUCCCAGUGCAAUAUACUGUUAAGCACACGAACACAUCUACUGCUGCUGCUUCGGGUAUCGCAAUUACGUGCAUCUUUGAAAAUCUCGAACCAGUGGCAGCUGAUGUAACAGCAAACAGAAUUUCUAACGUGAAUUCAACGACGGUUACAGUAAGACCUGGAGGUGUGCUGCCAAGCUCCUUAAACCUAGGAAACUCUCUUACUGGCCUGUUCAAUCUAAAGUUGCUAUCAACUGUCACACCAUUUAUGGAAACGAAAGUGAAGUUUGUUGUUACAUACAAAAAUGCAGGGCAUAUUGAUAAGGAUCCGGUUGUAAAGGAAAUGGCGCCAACGGUCUUGGCUGGAACGCCUUCGAUUUUAAUGUCGAUGAACACUACAAGUAACUUCAUGAAGCCAGGAGAGACACGAAGGUUUACUGUCAAGGUCCUCUUGACUAAAAUGAGAUGCCCCAUUAGAUUCGAGCUAGUGAUGCCGCUAAUUUCGAAUCAAUCUGUGUAUCACAUUGCUACAGUGCAUGACGCUGUAAUUGGUUCCAACAUCAUUGGCCUAAACACGAGUGCCAAACCUGUGCUAAAAUCUUCAAUGAAUGACGGGAUCAACAACCAGGCCAUAUACGACCUUGGAGUAGCCAUCAACACGGUUGCUAAUUUAUCAGACUCUUCAACCGAUAUGAUCACACUCAAUUUUGACGUCAUUCUACUUGACCACAACAACGUGACAAACAAUUCUGAGCACUGGGUCGGCGCUGGCCUGGUCGGCAAACCAAAGAUGAUAUGGGUCGGACAGAUCUUGUUAAAGGCGCUGGUGCCGGUGGAUUCACGACCAUGGUUGUACAUGAAGCCUAGCCUGAUCCCUGGAAUACCGGGAAGCAAACAGUUUCCUGACUACGAAUACAAUGUAAUUCUGAAGCACAUAGCGACAUCUACACAGCAUGGAAAUGAUGUAAAAAUAAGAUUUUUCUUGCCAACCUUCGUUCAGUUUGUAUCCAUGGUCGCAGGUAGCAAUGCCCGGUUAACAGAAAAACAAUUUGGUGGAUCAAGAUUGUUUGAGAUAAGCAGCCAAAUGAAGUUCAUGGACAAUUUCAACUUCACCUUCAAGGUGUCAAUCGAUUCCUCAAAAUUUCCCCGAAAAGGGAAAAUCUUCAUAACAACCCCAAUUUACCUUUUGUAUAAGAACAGGUUUGGACAACAGUUCUCAUUGGUUAAGGUUCUUCGAACGUCAUUGGACGCUCCUAUUACAGAUAUAAUCCCAGAAAUAGUAUCUGCAGAAGAAUACUACGAUAAAGGUAUCUCCUGGAACAUUAUCUCCACUGGCCAAUACCACGUAUACGUUUGCAGUGAUGCAAAAGCUAAGAGAAUGUUGUCAGCUUGCUACGUCACAGAAGACAAAGGUGCAACAUGGAAAGCUGUUGACAGCAGAGUAGCAAGCAUCACUGGCCAUGAUUCCGGGAAUGUCUUCGGGAUAGCAAGAAAUAAGCGUGCUUACAUGAAGUUCGAUAAGACCGUCAAAGCAUGGACAUCCAUUUCAAAGAGUGACUUCCUCAGUGCACCUAAAUCCUAUCGCAAAUUGAACACUACGACCCCUUCGGGCAACCCUGCCAGUCCCUACACAGUUGAAGGUGACCAUUGGGGAGCCUCCAAAGAUGGUGUAUUCUUUAAAGCUGGUGGAGCAGGGAGCUGGAGCCAAAAAUCAAUUUGGCUUUGAAGAGAAAGAACUUACUGAAAAAGCUUGUUCGCUUUUUCUAGGCAUCUAUUUGUGUGCCUUGCGUAUUGUCAGAACUUUAGAUUUUAUUCAAAGCUGCACUAAGUGAAAAACUUGUAAAGAUUUGUAAAUUCAAUCGCCUUAUUUUGUUACAUUGAAACAGUGACGUUAGUCCAAAAACGGAAAUGUCUAAAAUAUGGAAUAGCUAAAGGUUAUCCUUUCCAUUUAACAGAGGCUGGCGUUGGCAAAAAUCUAUGAUUAUUGUCAAAAAGAUAUAAUCUUUGACUUGAUAACCAAAUCCAAUUAAAUUGAAUCUGUAUCAAAUUGACGGCAAAUCUUAUUCGUUUGCUAAACAAAGAAUUUACGCUACAAGCAGAGAGAAUUACCUGUUCUUCCGAUGUCAAUGAUUUCUAAGACAAUACUCCUAACCCCAAAUCGAGCUUCAUAUGAAGACAAACAGUAGUAACUAAAAGUAGAUUAAAAUUUUAGGCGGAUUCAAGACUGUAGAUUAUAUUCACUUGGAUUAUUUGUUACUUAUUCGUUGAAAUCAGUCGUGCAGUGGAGGGGGCUUAGGGGAGCUUAGUCCCCUUUUUAAAGUUCAGAGAGAUUUUAUUUGGGGGGGGGCUCAUCCUCCCCUUCACAAGUGAGUUAAUAUUUGGUUAGAUUAAUUCUGUGGUCAUUGGUAUGGCCUCCUGAAUUUGUCUACAGCACAGCUCCCCCCUUCCUAACUUUUUGAGCGGCACCCUUGGUUUAAAUGUUCACUUAGUGUUCAUGUUGUAUUUAUCAAAAUGGUAAAGACUUAUCGCUUGAUUUUUGCUUUA